CCGCCCGGCGCCCGAGCUGCAGGAAGGAGCUGCCAGCUCUAGCCGGGCUUGCCUCAGCGCGCGGAUCUGCACCAUGCCCCGCAUAGAUGCAGAUCUGAAGCUGGACUUUAAGGAUGUCCUGCUCCGACCCAAGCGAAGCAGCCUCAGGAGCCGAGCCGAGGUGGAUCUUGAGCGUACCUUCACGUUUCGGAACUCGAAGCAGACCUACUCGGGGAUCCCCAUCAUUGUGGCCAACAUGGACACCGUGGGGACAUUCGAGAUGGCAGCAGUGAUGUCACAGCACUCCAUGUUUACGGCAAUUCAUAAGCACUACGCCCUGGAUGAAUGGAAGCUCUUUGCUGCUAAUCACCCAGAAUGUCUGCCGCACGUAGCCGUGAGUUCGGGCAGCGGGAAGAGCGACCUGGAAAAGAUGAGCAGCGUCUUGGAAGCCGUGCCGCAGGUCAAGUUUAUCUGCCUGGACGUGGCCAACGGGUACUCAGAACAUUUUGUGGAAUUCGUGAAGCUGGUGCGUGCCAGAUUUCCAGAACACACUAUCAUGGCUGGGAACGUGGUGACAGGGGAGAUGGUGGAAGAGCUUAUUCUUUCUGGAGCAGACAUAAUCAAAGUGGGCGUCGGACCAGGCUCUGUGUGUACCACCCGCACCAAGACCGGGGUGGGCUACCCCCAACUGAGUGCCGUGAUCGAGUGUGCAGACUCCGCCCACGGCCUGAAGGGGCACAUCAUCUCCGACGGAGGCUGCACUUGUCCAGGAGAUGUCGCCAAAGCCUUUGGGGCCGGAGCCGAUUUUGUCAUGCUGGGAGGGAUGUUUUCGGGCCACACUGAGUGUGCCGGAGAGGUGAUUGAGAAGAACGGGCAGAAACUCAAGCUCUUCUACGGGAUGAGCUCCGAAACCGCGAUGAAGAAACACGCAGGAGGGGUCGCCGAAUACAGGUGUGGUGCACGCCGUUGCAUGGAGGUCAGGCCUUUCCGGAAGGGUGCCGUGUUUCCCCUGCAGUGGGACCGUCCACAGCCUCCACGCUCUGAUGGUUGACACAGGCAGCAUUUUUAGCCAUUUAAUUGUGUCGCUCACCGCAGAAGGCACGCCGACUCCUGCCUUUUUGUUUUACAAAUUCACGAUCCCAAGAGAUAACCUGGCUAUUUUCUGUGUCGCCUCCAUUUUACGUGUCUGCGUGUGUGUUUUAAGAGCCUUAGGACAGCACAUAAUCAUUGCCUGGCCCUGUUCCAUAGAAGCUGCUAUUACUUUUCGUUGGCAUUAGCCUGAUGACAAGUCCCACUAAGUGGACAGGACAGAAGGUCUUGCGUCCAUGGAAACUCAAGCCCUCGCUGCUGGACACCCUCCAUUUCUUACGUUCAGCCCAUACUUGAAAGCUUCUCUCGAGGCUCUGGGAUGCAGAGGUGUGGAAGAGUGCGAUCGAGCCGGAGGGAAGAUCCCAGAACCCCGCUGAGAUUCAUGGGCGGGCAGGUGGGAGGUUUGGGGGACUCUGCCAGAGUUCCGUGCUUCUGUGGGAUCCUGGCGGACUGAUGUCCAUUCCCAUUCUCUCCAGUCUUUUUCUCCUUUGGAAGAGGAAACUCCAUCACGAUGAUGUUGCAGCUUAGGGAAGGCAGGGUGGGGAACAGGAAUAGGGGACCACGCUUCUACCAUCAUCCGGGAAACUUGGGUUAGAACAGGAGGACGCUGUCCCUCCCACGUGGUGCCCGAUGGGAGAGGUGGCAUGGUUCGUGAGGGUGGGCAGGGUGAGGAUUACUGCCUCGGUGGCACCCCGGAUCUCUGGCCCAGAAGCUUCAUGCUUUACCAGCAACCACCCUCCCUACCCAAGGUCCUGUGCGGUGUCUGCUGGGUGCUGGUACGUUAAGCGGAGCCAUUGUGGUUCGGCAACAGCUAGAUGCUUCGCCUGGAGUACAUUUAUUGCCCUCUAGCUGUUGCAUCCGUUUUGGGUUCCAAGGAAAGUAGACAGGGAAGAGCAGACCAGGUUAUAGCACACACGGAAGCCAAGGAGCCAAAAGAAAAACCCAUCUGUAAUUUCAGCAGGGUUUAGGCAAAACGAAAAUAGAAGACUCAAGCAUAUCAAGACUGUUCUGGAAGCCGAUUAGACAAGAAAGGGAAGUGCCGAAGGAAUUAGAACCUCAAUCUGGAGGCAGCCUGGGCCCUGCGGGCUGCAUCUGUUUUUUUCCAUCUCUCUCUGUCUCUCUGCCUCCCUCCCUCUUUCUUUCUCUUUUUUUCCCUGGCAGUUUACAGUCUUCUCACAAGAAUGGUCCCCCUUUGACGUUGUAUUUAAUUAAGGUAGAGCUUGUUUAUGCCUUGCUGCUUCCUUCCCAGCCAUUAACCAUUUAGUCCUCACGCUGUCCCUGGGAGACAGAUCAAAGUACCUUCAUUUUACGGAUGAGAAGACUUGGGCUUCAGCAAUAAGUGACUUGCACGAGGUGCCAUCACCAGGUAGCAGAGAAGCAACGAUGAGAGUCUGGAUGGUUUCCAGCAAGCCCCGGGCAGGCCAUGGAAAUCUCUUGUAAAAAGCAAAAUGGCAGUCACUGUGGGCACAGGGGCAGAGAUGUUGGUCCCUGGUCACAGAGUGUGGUGAUGUGAAUCGUCUUGGGAGUGGCCAGUGACGGGCUCCGUGAGCUUGGUGCUGUGAACCAGCCCUGAGGCCAGCUUGGUCUAGUCAGUGGUUUAAGCGGGUAGAUUUCAUUGCACUUAAGGGUAGCCUUGGAUGUGUGGAUUUCAGCGCAACAAGAGUUAAUGCUAUUUUGAAAUCCUAGGUAAUGAAUUUCUGAUUGAGAGAUGCUAUCUUUUCUAGUUGAAGAGACCAGGAAAGAAGAGUCCACCGUUUGGUUAAUUGUCAGAAUUUCCAGAUUGCCCGAGCCUUAGAUGAAGGCUAGAGUUUUGCAUAGAUUGGAGAUUUCCUUCUUGUAAUGCCCCUCCAGAAGCAAGUCUGGACUGUAUGUCCAUGCAGCCUAACAGGGCUUGAGUUGUCCAUUUUGUGGAUCUUCCUUGACUUACCGGGCUAUGUCCUGAUAAACCCAUCUUAAGGUAAAAAUAUCGUAAACUGAAACCCAUUUAAUACACCUAGCCCCUCGGACGUCGUAGCUCAGCCUAGCCCACCUUACGUGUGCUCAGAACACUCACGUUAGCGUUCAGUUGGGUAGAAUCUUCUAACACGAGGCCUUUUUAAUAAUGAAGUGUUGAAUGUCUGGUGUCAUUUGUCAAAUACCCUACUGCAAAACAGUAUAUACAGGUCGUACGGGUGCAGGGUGGUUGGUCACUGUAUUGGGACCGUCCACCCCUCACGAUCCCGGGGCUGACGUAGCUGCGGCCAUCAGUGGCCUGCAUCACAGGUGAGGAUUGUACGCACAUCGCCAGCUCCGGAAAGGAUCCAAGUCCAGAAUUUGACGUAUGGUUUCUGCUGAAUGCGCAUUGCUUUCGCACCAUGGCGGAGUCAAACCGUGGUACGUGGGAGACUGUCUGCAUUGAUAUCUCCUUCACCUCUUAAUUGUAGGCAGUUGGCGGGGAGGCUGUUCAAGAGGUAAUCCGCCACGUCUGUUCUUCCCUUUGGGCAUGUGGGGCUCGGGGUCAACUGGACGCCGGUGUAGGGAUUAAGGAGGAGUAGCAAGGAGCGGAGUGGAGGCUACUGCUGCAAAGGUCACUUCUUCCAAGCCUGCUGAUGAGGACUUUCCUUUUCCAGACGCUCCCGGUGGCCAGCAGUGAGGCUGUGCGUUUCGCAUGGGAGGCACGCAUUCAUCUGAGAUGCUGGUGUGGCCGGUCGGCAUUUGUAGCAAAUGUGGGACUGGGGUCAGAGGGUGUGGCACGGAGCCACCUGAGUGCCUUGGGGGCUGUGUCAAGUGCUAAAGCUGGGAGUAAUUACAGCUGGGUUCUUACGGGGGGAGGAAACAACCGAUUAGAAAGAAAAGCUUCCUUUUUCUUCCAGAGCUUCCGAGGGCAAGACCGUGGAAGUGCCUUACAAAGGGGAUGUAGAAAACACUAUUCGGGAUAUUCUUGGGGGACUGAGGUCCACGUGCAC